AGUCUAUGCUGAAGGAUGGGAGGAGUCUUUGUACAAUCUAAGUAUAUAACUACCAAUAACUGUUUACAGAAACCAAAGAGGAAAUUUGUCUGCAUUAUGUCUCGUGCCAGCUCUUUUUUGUGUGUUUUGUGUAUCGUGUUGCUAGGACUCCAGUCCCUGACCCACGCUGCAGUGGUUGACUGCUGCUAUGCCUACACCAAGAAGCCAUUGUCACGGAAAGUUGUUAAAGGAUACAUGAUCCAGAACUCACAUGAGGUGUGUGACAUUGAUGCUGUCAUAUUAAUCACAAUGAGAUUCAGAGUGUGUGCAAAUCCUAGAGAACCAUGGGUCAACAGACUUGUGGCAGCACUUAAGCGGAAGAAGGCAAUAACACAAGCAGCCACCAAAAAACAACAGUAAUGUUUUUUCCAACAAUGUUUAAUAAAUGUAAACCUUUUUUUUCUACAAUAAGCUACAGAAUGCUACUUUUUCUUUGUUUUGCGCCUAAAUUGUAUCAUUGUUUGUAAGAGCAUUUAUGUUUUAUACCUGUUUGUUUGUUUUUUUUUGUUUUGCUUAGCUUCACUUUAUUCACUUUAUUAGAUUAUUUUAUAAAAAAAAAAAAAAAAAAAACACAAUGU